AUGGCUCUGCAAUGGCGACAGUUCCGCCUAAGAGAUUAUUUUCGCGUUUCUGAGAAUGAUAUGAAUGUUCGCAACCACGGAUAUCAACAUAUUCUAGGCUCCGCAAUUAUUGGAAUCCCUGGAGAUGGAGAUACCAGGAAUCGUCUUUAUCCAAACUUUGUCGUAGAUACUCAAUUAUUUAUGGGGGAUGGAGUAAAAUAUUUUUUAAUUGAUAAGGAGGAUAAGAGGAGAUUAAAUGAGAUGAGGAAUAAUUGCCAAACACUGCAAGAGAAAUAUCAAACAACUAAAGAAGUUGUUAGAAGUCUUUCGAAGUUCCAAGAAUUUUACCCGCAGAAAAGAGUCUAUUUGAGAUUGAUCCAGUUCAGAAAUUACCCCGCAUGGAAUUCUGAUAUAGUCUUCUUUGACGAAGCUGUUGAAGUUGCUGCAGUCGUUUUGAAACAACAAGGAGCUGCGCCGGAAAGAAUUGAAGAGGCUGAAAGAAUUUUGGCGCGGAGACAACGGGACAAUGAAGAAACCAAAAAUGUUAAAACGAUUACAAUAUAUGAUUUGAACAGGAUUUUUGAGAGAUACGGACUCGACAGAUCUCGUAUUACGCUCGUUCCCGAUUUAUGCGAGUUUGCAUACUUGAAAGACUGCCAUCAAUACGCUGAUAUCGUGCGAACGCUGUCGCCACAUAUGAAUGUCGUUAUGGACUUCAAAAACGUGUUGUUUUGCAUUUUUACCUGUGGAGUUCAAGGAUCUGAUGUGUCCCCAGCUCACAGAGGGAAUCGAAUAAGCGGAAAAAACAAGAUGGAUAGAUUCAGAAGCCUUAUGCAGAGAUACUUCCGGAAGCGGGGAAAUGGAAGGUACAUCGUCGCCAGCAAAGUCCAUAAUGAGAUUGAGAAAAUCAUGCUGGACUACAAUGGACCGCGUGAAAGAUGGCACCAGUACGAAACAAGAUUCUUAGCGUACCAAUCCAAUCAAACCAUCUCGUUCAAAGACUUCAAUUUGAUCGCGAAAGCUUUGAAUAUUAAUCGCUAUGAUGUGCCGUCAGAUUUCAGAGGAGCGUACCCAAUUUGGAUGGCAAGGGUGCUAUUUUCAAUAGCACAUCUCCAGCAAGCAUAUAAAAGGCCGAGCCUGAUGACCAAUUGCAUAAUAAGACAAUUUUCAUUACGUGCACCACCGGGACAAGAAAAUUCUGUCAAAAUAACUAUGAUGCAGAUUAUGGCAGGUAGACUCUUGCCAAUGGAAGAAACGGUGGAGGAAAGAAGAAUCACAAGAGAUAGGGGAAGAAGAACAGCGGAAAGAAAUGCAGUCAGAGGAGAUUGGUCUAUACCUAGAGAAUUCGAAAAGCAAAUCAAAUUCAAACAUGAGAUUGAAGCUCAUCUGAACCUAUCUCAGUAUGUGAUCAGAGAAGAGGACUAUGAACCAUUACAUAUUCGUCGGAAAUUCACCCCGCCAACAGCACUUCCUCUUGUUCCGGAUGGAUGGUAUUUUAACCGGCCAGCGUAUAUAGUAACUCCGAUCCCUCCUCGACGGCCGCAACUAGUACCACCAGCGGCACCACGACCAAUCACACCAAGGCCAGUCGUCCAACCACCAGAUCCGAUGCCAGUUCGAGCAGAUUCACCAGAAGAAUUCCUCAAUCAGAACCCUGCCGACAACAAUGUCCCAGCUCCAAAUCCAAUUCGGGGCCGUUGGAUGAUGAGAGCCGCCGAUUUGGCACGAAUGUGGCCAGUAGAUCUGCCAGCACCUCAACCUGCGAAUCAAUUCGUUCCACAGCUCGCACCGCCUCCACCAGUGAAUCCUCGGAACAAUCAUCCGGAUCUCUUCCGACGUAUAGACGAACUUCGAAGACUCGUGCAACCUGCAGAUAACUUUCCAAACAUGAAUGAUAUGCCACAGUUUGUAAACUGGAAUCAGAGACUAGCCGACGUGCAAGAUGUACAACAGAACGGUAAUCCAUUUCCUCCACAAUUAGUAGCUCCUCAGCAACCAGCUCCUUGGAACGAUGAUCAAAAUAUGGAUUGGGAUAAUGACGCGGAAAGAUUCGUUCCUCCACCGAUCAAUGAUUUCAAUAAUUUCAAUAAUUUCAACGCUAUCGAUAUGCCCCCGAUGGGACAAUUUGGGCAGUGGCAAUUUGGACAAAAUGAUAUUCAAAGAAUUCAACCACUGGUUCAUCAUAUGGCUCUGGCGGCACCUGCUCCACAAGUUGAUCCACAAGCUGAUCCAUGGGCUGCUCAGCAACGAUUUAUGGAUUGGAUUGCUCAGGCUCAAGAAUUUAUGCAACAAUUUGCUCUUAACGUUCCAAACGUUCCAAUUGAUAUGGACCAGAUUGCACAAUGGCACUGGGAUCAGAUAGACAUCGCAAGACAAGCAUGGGAGCAGCAAGAACUGCAAAAUCAACUGCAGAAUCAAUUUGGCGUCGACCAAUUUCAAUAA